AUGUCGCUGAAGCUGAACAGGUCAUGCGAUCAAUGCAGGCACCGCAAGAUCCGAUGUAUCAUUCCAGAUGCGGAUUCUGGCUCUCGGGCCAAUUGCACGUAUUGCUCAAAACGUGGACAGACCUGCACAUUUAGUGUCUUUCGGCGGAAAGCGCGAGUUAGAGUCCCUACAUUGCAGCCUACCAGCACGCAGUCUGCUGCCCACGGUGGCUUGGGCGAGUUAUAUAUCGAUCGUCUUCUGCAUGACGGGCCCGAAGAUGUCGCGGUUUCUGAUGAAUCGAGCAUUUUUACUAUGCCCGCUGAGCACGUCGCCAGCUCCGGCCUGGCAUUCUUCUCGGAGCAGAAAGUGCUCUCCCUCACGCAGCGGAUUGGCGACUCUCGCCUGCAGGAUGUGGUUCGGAAGUUGGAUGACUUUAUCCUGCACCGUCUUGGGCUCCCCCCUGUCUCGUCAUUGGCGCGUAUUCAAUUCCGGAAUCCCAUCCGGGAUGUCCACAUCCCUGCUGAUGAGGUCAAAGCAAGUAUUAAAGCCUUCUUCACAAACCUGCACUCAAUAUACCCAUUCCUCGAUCGCUCGGAUUUCGAAGCUCAGGCGCUCAGCGCCACAUUGUCAGAGCACCUCACUCGCAAUCCCAGCUUCUCGGCGCUCUACCACGCCGUCCUAGCACUCGGGAGCCAAUUCCUCGCCAACGGGACAUUCGAGCCGGGCAAGGGGCGGUCAUGGGCUUUGUUCCAGGUCGCCCUCAGCCAUAUGAGUGAUAUAAUCCUACCGCGCGAGUCUAUUGAGAGCGUUCAAGUCUGUCCCUCCUUCGGGCCAUUCCGGCAUUUUGGCAUCGCCGCUAACUGUUCUUGCAGGCCUUGA